GAGAAAGGCUCGAUAGAACAUCAUCAAGACCCGCCUAGAACCAUCAACAACCGUCGUCUGGUGAAGAGCAAACAGCCACAAAGAUCCACAAACAACCAACAAGUUAUUUCUCAACGACUUUAAGAAUACAACCGUGAUGAAGUUCGAAAGCGCCUUCUUGAUGACGUGUCUUGUGCUGGCCACCGUGCACGCGUCGGUCAAAGGUCAGUGCUCGCUGACGGACUGUCUACGGGAGAGGUUCGCGUGCAGCAGGGUGGAGCUGGGGGACGGCGUGUCACAGAUGGAGCACGAGCACAUGUGCUGUAAGAUGUACGCCGAGUGUUACGUCGAGUGCGGCAAAAAAGGAGGAAAACCACCAACCUGUGAUUUCCCAAAGAAGAGAGGAAGCUGGAACAAACGUGAAUUCUUGAACAAAUUCAAGGGAGACUUCGAUUUCUGAGGAGGAAUUUCAUCACCUGCUCAUACCAAUGGCCACCUUUCACCACUGCUACAACCGCUUUUUAUUUUAUUUUUCCAAUCUGUUUGAUUGUUUGUUUAUUUGGGACAACAAAAGAACUUUGAAAUAUUUUCUAAAAAUUUUGGUAAAUAAAGAGCGAUCGUUGCCUCCCUAA